AUGGAUUUAAAAACAUUGGAUGAUGAGAUUAUGUUGUCAGAUGGGAGGGUAAUAAAAAUACCCGUGAACAAAAUUGACGAAAUUAAUAAAGAUGAAAAAAAAAAAGUCCAAAUAGAAAAAGUUCCUAAUGUAUGGGGUAGCAGUGCUGGGGCGGGAAGUGACUACUUUGAUCUUUAUAGAAAGCAGAGAAACCAAGAAAAUGAAAGAUUGGAAUUGAUAGAAAAGAAAUGGAAAGAAUAUACUGAAAACCAAAUAUUUCAGCAAAAAAGAAAUGAAAAAAUUGAAUAUAUGGAGAAAAAACGUCUAAAAAAAGGAAAUAAAAGAUUGAUUAAAAAACAAAAAAUUAAAGAAUUAAGAAAUCAAAAAAAAAUAAAUAAACUAGAAAAUACAAAUCCAUUAACAACCCCAAACGAUAAUAAUAAAGAAUCUUCUACUGAUAAAAUCAAGCACACAGAAAGUGACAAAGAUAGUAUAACAGAUUCUGUACAUACAAAAGAAGGGAAAGGAAAAGGAGACCAAAGCUUUCAAAAUGAAAAAACAGAAAAAUGUAAUGCCUCUGAAGAUGAAAAUAAUUUAAAUACACAGUUAAUUAAUACAAACAAUUUUCUCAUCUUAAAAGAAGAUGAAUUAUUUUAG